GAACUGUUGACGUUCAGGGAUGUGACCAUAGAAUUUUCUCCAGAAGAGUGGGCAUGCCUGGACCCAGCUCAGUGGAAUUUGUACAGGGAUGUGAUGUUAGAGAACUACAGAAACCUGGUCUCUCUGGGUCUUGCAGCCUCCAAGCCAGACCUGAUCACCUGUUUGGAACAAAGGAAAGGACCCUGGAAUGUGAAGAGACAUGAGGUGGUAACAGAACACCCAGCUAUGUCUUCUCAUUCUGCCGAAGGCUGUUUGCCAGAGCAGCGCAUAAAUGUUUUAUUUGAAAAAGUCAUACUAACAAGAUAUGGAAGCUGUGCCCUUGAGAAUUUAAACUUAACAGAAGACUGGGAAAGUGUGGGUGAGUGUACAGAGCAGAAAGAAUGUUAUAAUGGACUUAACCAGUCUACAAAAACUACCCACAGCAAAAUCUUCCAGUGUAAUAAAUGUUUGAAAGUCUUCAGAAAAUUAUCAAAUCUAAAUAAACAUAAGAUGAGACAUAUUGUAGAGAAACCAUUUAAAUGUAAAGAAUGUGGGAAAGGCUUUAAGCAAUGCUCACACAUUAUGGACCAUAAGAGAAUCUAUAAUGGAAAGAAAUCUUACAAAUGUAAGAAAUGUGGCAAAGUCUUUAACAAAGGUAUGAACCACAGCUCAAACCUUUCUAAGCGUAGGAGAAUUAAUACUGGAGAGAAACUCUACAAAUGUGAAGAAUGUGGCAAAGUCUUCAAUCAGUGCUCAUACCUUACUAAACACAAGAGAAUUCAUACUGGAGAGAAACCUUACAUAUGUGAAAAAUGUGGCAAAGCCUUUAAUCAGUGCUCAUACCUUACUAAACACGAAAGAAUUCAUUCUGGAGAGAAACCCUACAAAUGUGAAGAAUGUGGCAAAGCUUUUAACCGGUGCUCACACCUUACUAUUCAUAGAAGAAUUCAUACCAGAGAAAAAUCCUAUGAAUGUGAAGAAUGUGGCAAAGCCUUUAAUCAGUACUCAUACCUUGCUAAACAUAAGAAAAUUCAUAUUAGAGAAAAACCCUACAAAUGUGAAGAGUGUAGUAAAGCCUUUUACUGGUAUUCAGACCUUUCUGUUCAUAAAAGAAUUCAUACAGGAGAGAAACCCUACAAAUGUGAAGAAUGUGGCAAAGCCUUUAAUCAGUUCUCAUACCUUACCAAACACAAGAGAAUUCAUACUGGAGAGAAACCCUACAUGUGUGAAGAAUGUGGCAAAGCCUUUCACUGGUACUCAGACCUUUCUGUACAUAAGAGAAUUCAUACAGGAGAGAAACCCUACAAAUGUGAAGAAUGUGGCAAAGCCUUUAAUACAUGCUCGUACCUUACUAAACACAGGAGAAUUCAUACUGGAGAGAAACCAUACAGAUGUGAAGAAUGUGGCUCAGCUUUUAACCAGUGCUCAUAUCUUACUGCACAUAAGAUAAUUCAUAAAGGAGAUAAACCUUAUAAAUGUGAAGAAUGUGGCAAAGCCUUCAACCAGUGUUCAUACCUGGCUGCACACAGGAGAAUCCAUACUGGAGAGAAACCUUACAAAUGUGAUAAAUGUGGCAAAGCCUUUAACUGGUGUUCAGACCUUGCUAUACAUAAGAGAAUUCAUACCAGAGAAAAAUCCUAAGAAUGUAGCAAAGCCUUAUCCAGCACUCAAAUCAUUUCUGUACAGAGAAGAACAAAUGAAUGAUAAUAUGACAGAGCCUUUAAUCAGUGCUCAUACCUUACUUUGAGUAAGAUAAUUUAUGUUGGAGAGAAACCCAACGAAUGUAAAGAAGUGGCAAAGCUUUUAACUAGUGCUCACACCUAUCUAUACAGAGAAUUC